UUGAAAUUUAUACAAAAUGAUCAUUUUUUUUAUUUGAUCUAAAAUGGUAGCAUAAAUCUACUAAUUUUUUACAUCUUUGUAGCAAAUUAAUGAUCAUUUUGGCAAUUCAUUAGAUUCAUAGAUAAGUCAAAAGGAAACUCACAUCCAAUAAGCCAUUAGUUGUUAUUUUUCUUUUGCAGGUUUAUGCUUUCGUAUGGUUGCCAAUGGCUGUGAUUGAUUAGCUUGAAUGUACGAACAUUGGUUGGUCUUAGUUUAUCGAAUGAUAUGAAAAGCUUACAUUUAGACAAAAAAUUUAUGAAGAAUGACAGAAAUAAACAUUUUGUUACGAAUUCUUAGAAUCAUGCUGCCAGUUAGGUAAAAGAUAAAAAGGUAUAUUAUCAUUUGUACAAAUGUAAAUGUUUCGUAACCAUCUAGGAUAAUUAGCCGAAAUUCAUUUGUGGUUUCCUGGGCGAACCACGAGAUCAUGCUUUACCGUACGGUUUUUUGGAGACUUCCCGGUCGAACCGCACUGUAGAUUAUUUUUUUUGGUAAAACAAGUGUAACAUCCCGAACCUUUUCCCGACGAAGAUAUUGUUCGUUUUGGGUUUCGAUCAUCACGGUUUUCGACUUGUGGUGCAAUUCAAGGUGACUUCCCAUAAGGUCACCCAUCAUUGUUGUACUCACAAGAACUCCUCCGUUUCACCCCAAAACGCGUCUUGUUAGUUAAGACCGGUUUCCUACUUAUGAACCAUGGAUCUCUCCCGUUUUUUGUCUAUGUGAGAUUUACUUGAGAUCAUGGUUGUCACGCCGGCCGGCGUGCCACUGGUUGAACCUGGUUCAACUUGUACCGGUCAUAAAACUGGUAUGACACCACCGGUAUGACCGACAUGAUCGAUAUACGAAUCUCUAAGUAAAAUGAUCUUAUAUUAGUGAAUUUAUUUGAUAAAAAGUAAUUUAUUAUUUAUUUUAUGUGUUAAAAAGUUAAAUGUUGAUGUUAUUUGUUGGAUUCAAGUACAAAUAUUUAGGUAUUGACGUUAAAUGUCGUGCUUAAAUAUGAGUAUUUGUAAAUUAUUUGUAAUAUUAACCGGCACAAACCGGUAUGUAUCACCAGUCGAAUCAUUCCACUUGCUAAACCGGCACGCUGACACAAACCGGUUUGACAACCUUGCUUGUGAUGUUACAACAAAGAAAGAAAAAAAGACUACUAUUCAUCUCUGAUUCUCUUCCCAACCUACUCUCAGUCACACCAUUGAUGGCCACAGUUUUUCUAGAACGGAAGUAAUCGAGUAAGAGAGGUAGGUCCAGCUCAGGUUUUCCUUUUGGUCGCGGCAGUGGAAACAGCAAGGGUUUAAGCUUUCCCUCGCAGCCACCUUACCUUAGCUCGCCCUUAUAAUCUCGCGCCCCCGCCCACAGUUGAUGGAAGGUCAGGUCCCGAAGAAGCGAGGCCGGAAGCCGAAGCCCAAGGACGAGAAAGACCAGCAGCAGCCACAGCAAGGCAAGAUGAAGGAAGCGAAGCGCGGUCAGCACGCUGCUUCUGUCGACGAGAAGUAUACUCAGUGGAAGUCUCUGGUCCCCGUGCUCUACGACUGGCUCGCCAACCACAAUCUCGUCUGGCCUUCCCUCUCUUGCCGAUGGGGUCCUCAGCUUGAGCAAGCUACUUACAAGAAUCGUCAGCGCUUGUACCUCUCCGAGCAGACUGAUGGUAGUGUUCCAAACACACUUGUCAUUGCUAAUUGCGAGGUUGUGAAGCCAAGAGUUGCGGCUGCUGAGCACAUAUCUCAGUUUAAUGAAGAAGCACGAUCUCCGUUUGUCAAGAAAUACAAGACCAUUAUACACCCUGGGGAGGUGAACAGAAUCAGGGAACUUCCGCAGAAUAGCAGGAUAGUGGCUACUCAUACUGAUGGCCCUGAUGUUCUAAUAUGGGACGUAGAAACACAGCCAAACCGGCAUGCAGUCCUUGGAGCUUCGAACUCUCGGCCUGAUCUGAUUUUAACUGGACACCAAGAUAAUGCAGAAUUUGCUCUGGCAAUGUGUCCAACAGAACCCUUUGUGUUAUCUGGAGGGAAGGAUAAGUCAGUGGUUUUGUGGAGUAUCCAGGACCACAUAACAUCCUCUGCGUCUGACCCAGCUAGCGGAAAGUCUCCAGGAUCUGGUGGCGGCUCCAUCAUUAAAAGGGAUGGUAAUGACAAAGCUGUUGAUGGCCCAACUGUUGGACCGAGAGGGAUCUAUCAGGGCCACGACGAUACAGUCGAAGAUGUUGCUUUCUCUCCAUCCAGUGCGCAGGAGUUCUGUAGUGUAGGAGAUGAUUCUUGUCUCAUUCUUUGGGAUGCUCGAGUUGGCACUAGCCCCGUUAUCAAGGUUGAAAAGGCUCAGAAUGCUGAUCUUCACUCUGUUGAUUGGAGUCCACAUGACAGCAACUUUAUUCUGACUGGUUCUGCGGACAAUUCUGUUUGCAUGUUCGACCGGCGAAGCCUCACCAGUAACGGAGUUGGCUCACAUGUUCAUAAAUUUGAGGGCCAUAAAGCUGCUGUUCUUUGUGUCCAGUGGUGUCCCGACAAGUCAUCUGUCUUUGGAAGUUCUGCUGAGGAUGGGAUCCUAAACAUCUGGGAUUAUGAGCAGAUUGGUAAAGAAACAGAUGCAAAGGCCGCAGGAGCUCCUGCAGGAUUGUUUUUCCAGCAUGCUGGGCACAGGGACAAAGUGGUAGACUUCCACUGGAAUACACAUGACCCUUGGACGAUUGUUAGCGUAUCUGAUGAUUGUGAGACUAGUGGUGGAGGUGGCACCUUACAGAUAUGGAGGAUGAGUGAUUUGCUGUAUAGGCCGGAGGAGGAAGUGUUGGAGGAGCUUCAGAACUUCAAAACCCAUGUGAGUAAAUGCACAGCCAAGAACUGAAAGGGAUAGACGGCAAAUUCGGAAGCAACGAACCACAUGGUCUGUCGGUUCAAGCGAUGUUUGUCAUCAUGAGUUCCCUUUCUGUUUCGGUACAGCUUUUGUGCGACUGUAGGAGAUUGCAGGAAUUGGUUUAAGAAGGUAGUGUAAGAGAGGGAUAUGAUGCUUCUGUUCUGUAGGCUUUUCUUACUAUUUUGGUUCGUGAAGAAUGGUUAAGUUGGGGAAAGGUGUUUAAUAUCAUAGGCUUUGGAGUAGCCCGUAAAUGGCCGCCCAAAUGUCUUAAAUGAUGAAGUUUGGCCACACUACCGUUAUUCCUCUGCUAGCUUUGGUCCCUCUUUUUUUUUUUUUUUUUUUACAGGUCUCUUGAAGGCUGAUGAGAUUUGUUCCCUCCAACAAGUUCUAUUGGCUACAUGCUUUGAUUUGUGUAAUGGUAGAACCGGUGGCACAAUUAGUUUGUAUCUUUGUGUCGUCAAUACUGGUUUAACAAAAUAUGUAAAAAUGUUUAAACCCUAAACAUUCAAUGAAUUUAAUCAUAUAUGCAACAUAUUUGAGAACAAUUUAUUUAUAAUUUAACUAAUAACAUCAACUUUUAACCUUUAAAUUCACAAACUAAAUAAUAAUUUGAUUUUUUAUUAAUUAAAUUUACUAAAGCGUCAUCAUUUUGCUUAAAGUAUGUAAAUUGAUCAUGUUGGUCAUACCGGCGGUGGAGUUAUGUUGGUUUCAUGACCGGUACCAGUUCAACUAGGUUUAAUCGGCAGGCAUAUGCCACUGCCCACCGGCUUGACAACCAAGGUCAAUGUUAAUGUGUUUUUGUACUAAAAUCAUGGUUUAAUCGUAGUUCAUUUGUUUCAUAUUGCUAUAAUCACUUUGUAGUUUGGAGUAUGAUAUUCGAUAUUUCUGGUAUGGUAUUCAGUCUCCGUUUGGGGUUUUGGGCCUUGGACUUCCACCCUCCUCAUUCAGUUUUCCGUUUCUAAUCAAAAGUUGAAAACACAUAUUCUGAAGCAAGAACAAAAUCUGUGAUUUGAGUGGGAAUGUGUAGUAUUAAUGUAGCAAACUGAUCCCUACACCCAAUAAUAAAAGGAAUUAAUAAUU